CCGAGCGAGGUUGCCGCUCCGUCGCGUCGCUUUGCAUCGGGCCAUUGCCGCCGGACGCCCCGCCGGCCCGGCCCGCGCCCGACCCGCAGUCCCGCGCUCUUCGGCGCCAAACGUACACGUGCACGGUUUUGACGACCUCCACCUUUAUAUCUACUAUAAAACCUUCAAAAAUACCCCACAGACCUGAUUAUUAAGUAUUAAAAGUGCGUGCGAAGUAAUUUCCUGAGGGGUGUUGUUGUUUGGCGGCCAUUUUGGAACCGGAUACGGCGCGAUGUCAGAUUCGGAUAGGAACUCACUUGCCAAAAAAUUGAAGAUAGCCGUACACACGAAGAAGCUGAUAAACAUGGUGCGCGAGCGCUCUUGUCUGUGGGACCGCACUGCGCUCGAGUACAAGAACCGGCUGCUCAGAGACCGAGGCUGGCAGGAGAUCUGCGUAGAGUUCGAGCCCAACUACGAGUCCAUGAGCUCAAGAGAGAAGCACCAAGUAGGUAAUUUCUUAUCAAAAAAGUGGUGCAACCUCAGAGAUUCAUACGUCAAAUCCAAGAAACCUGUGCGCUCUGACAAGCGGCCCUACAUGUACUCUGAGGAGAUGAAAUUCCUCGACGAUACCCUCUUCAUAGAUCCCGCCACGGGCAAGAAACGCAUUCGGGAAGAAGAAAGACAAUCUACCGAGGAAGUAGACGACGAUGUGGAGGAGCAUGAAGGCUGGAUAGACGAGGUCUUUGUGGAUUCAGAAAUAAUAGACGAAUCACACAUAUCCGCGAAGAGAUCAAAACUAGAGCACGAGUAUUCUAAAGGGAUAAACGAUACUGACAAUUUAGUGAGCUUCCUUGAAAACUUCAUGCAGAGAGAAGAUGAUGAAGACUUUGCCUUCUUCAAGUCCAUCGCGCCGGCAGUGAAGAGGUUGUCGGAGAACUCCAAGCUGGAGUUCAGGAUAUUGGUGAUGAAAUUACUAAAGAAUUUAAAGAUGAGGGACCGACAGAGAGUAACAAAAGAUCAACCUGCACAAGUAGAUAGUGACAGCGAAUAACAAAAAUGUAUUUUAAUAAAUUGUUACUUUUUA